AUGGUUCCUUCAACACCUUCACUACUGGCCGCACUGGGCGUAUGCUCUCAGGCCCUGGCCUCUGUGGGGACAGUCCCUGUGGCUGCCACCACGGUUUCUUCCGCCAACUUAAUCGCCAAUGCGUCGUAUUUCGUCAGUGAAACACAGCAGCUCACCAACAGUGCCUUAACGACGCUGGGGAACUAUCAGUCCAUGUUCAAGUUUGCUGACGCCAACCUUACCCUGCCCGCGGUGGGCACAUGUAAGGUUUACCCCGGAGAUGCUGCGUGGCCCUCGACCUCCCAAUGGUCGGCAUUGAACCAAGCACUGGGCGGUGCUCUCAUCAAGACAGUCCCCCUGGCUGCGACCUGCUACCCAGCUUGGUCGGCCUACUACAACCAAACAGCCUGUGAAGAGAUUUCCGAUGACUGGACUGUGUCAUACCUACAUGCUGCAGACCCCGCCUCAAUCAUGUGGCCUCUAUUCGAAGGCCGUAGCUGUCUUCCUACUGACAUCGCGACUUCUUCUACCUGUACCGUUGGUGGCUACAGCAGCUAUGCCGUCAAUGUCAGCACCGUGGCGCAGAUCCAGCUGGCAGUCAAUUUCGCUCGCAACCAUGGGCUACGUUUGACAGUAAAGAACACAGGCCACGACUUCAACGGCAAGUCAACCGGUGCUGGGGCCCUGGGCAUCUGGACCCACAAUCUCAAGGACAUUGAGGUCUAUGAUGAAUACCAUCUGGGUGACUACCAUGGCCCUGCGGUGAAGCUAGGCGCUGGUGUCCAGGCCUUCGAGGUUUAUGAGAAGGCUCACGAGCUCGGCUACACCGUGGUGGGUGGCGAGGGCAAGACCGUGGGUGUGGCUGGUGGAUACGUGCUGGGCGGUGGCCACUCGCCCAUAUCCAGUGUCUACGGACUGGCUGCUGAUCAGGUUCUGGCCCUCGAGGUCGUUCUCGCCAACGGUCGCUUUGUUACUGUAACCGAGCAAUCUAACCCAGAUCUCUUCUGGGCACUUCGCGGCGGCGGCGGUGGGACCUAUGGUGUCGUGACAUCAAUCAUCUCGCGCCUCCACCCCAAGAUCCCCGUCACUGUCUCCACCUUCUCCUUCAUGACUUCCACUAAUGUGACUGCCGACACUUUCUGGGCGGGCGUGGACGCGUACAUGAAGCGCUUCCCGACCAAUGCCGACGCGGGCACGUACGCCUACUUCUGGAUCAUCAAGCUCGGCGAGGAGAGCUUCGAAUUCCUGAUGAAUCCCUACUUCGCGGUGAACCACACGGUGGCCCAGUUCAACAGCCUGAUGGCCCCGUGGUUCGCCGACCUGGACCGGCUAGGCAUUACCUACACCCCGAACACGACCUACUACGACAACUUUUACGACGCCUGGGAAGCGGGCUUCCCGCUCGAAACCAUCGGCAGUGUGACGAUGAUGACCGGCUCACGCCUCAUCCCGCGCGAGAAUUUCGUCAACGCAACCCUCUUCAACCAGACCACUGCUGCUUUCCGUUCGACGGUCUCUGCGGGCUACUCGCUGCUGGCCUUCAACCUGAAAGCCGAGCUUCCCGCAGGUUACGCGGAGAGCGCGGCCAACCCGGCCUUCCGGACCACCUUGAUGCAUGCUAUCACCUCGACCAGCUGGGACAGCAACGCCACCAAUGCGGAGAUUCUGAAAACUAUGGAUACCUUGACGUAUGAUGUGCUGGGCGAGUGGCGCAAGACAUGCCCGGACUCUGGGGCGUAUAUGUCCGAGGCAGACAUCCAGGAGCCGGAUUUCCAGCAGGCAUUCUACGGAAAUUUCUACACACGCCUGUAUGCUCUCAAGCAGCGAUGGGAUCCCGCGGGUUUGUUUUAUGCGCCCACGGCCGUGGGGAGCGAGGAUUGGGAGGUGAGAAGUCUAGAUGGGUUACCAGACCAGAAUGGCCGGUUGUGCCGUGUCUAA